UUUUAACAUAUCUAAUUGAUUAGGGAUUUGAUGAAAGAGUUGGUAACUUCUCAAUAUCACUCAUAUUCUCACAACAACAAUAUUUGUGUUACGAACUGGUGUAGAAAGAUAAAAUAGGUAAACUACUCUUCAUUCGUUUCUUUUUAUAUAAAGUCGCCAACAGGGCACGGUAGUCUUUUAUAAAAAGUGCUAACGAUACUACCUAUUACAUUUUUUGAAACAUUUUAUAAUGCCAUCCAUACCUGGAAAAUAUCAACACUAUAAAAAUGAAAAUAUUGACGAUUAUUUUGCAGCCGUUGGAGUACCUUACAUGGGAAGAAAAAUGAUGUCAAUGUCAUCACCUUUAAUGGAAAUAACUUUAGAUGGAGAUAUAAUGACUAUCAAGAACACUUCAUUGUUACGAAAUGUGCAACAUUCCUUUAAGCUUGGAGAAGAAUAUGAAGAACAUAUGCCUAAUACUACAAUCAAAAGCAAAACAGUCAUCACAAGUGACAAUGAAUUGGUGACUGAGUCAGUAAUACCAGAGAAUGGUGCCAAAUGUGGACGGCAUUAUGUUUUCUCUGAUGAAGGAUGUGUUAUUACUCUUACGCAUGAAAAAGCAGCACAACCUGGAAAGAGAUAUUACAACAGACUAAAAUAAGCAUCAAUUGUUGUUAGGAACAACAACAUAAAACCAUAAAACGCUUUGAUCUUGAACAAUUUAUAUAAAAUUUUUGGUUGGGAAAUUUUACUUAAUGUAAGAAGUGUUAUACCUAUUGUAAGAAGACUGACAUGUAAAUAUAGACUUAUUUACAUCCAAAUAAAAAUGUG